AUGGCUGGGAUUCCCCAAGUGACAUUUCAGGUGGAGGACGACAAACCCUGCUGGGGCCCUUCGGGGCACUGCCAGAUCCAGGAGGACCAGAGCUUCCUGGGUCCUAAGCAGCCGAGCGGGGAGGGCUGCCAGGGAGAAGUGUGGCUCCCCCUCCCCCUCACAGCGGAGGGCCUCUCCUCCUCCCUCGCAGCAAAUGAAGUCUCCUACCUGUACGUCAACACAGCCCACCUGCACUCCGGGCCCAGCUUCGUGGAGUCUCUCUUUGAAGAGUUUGACUGCGACCUGCGUGACCUUCGGGACGAGCCGGAGGACUGCAGCGAGCCCAGCAAAGGAGCCAGCCCAGAGCCAGCCCAGAGCCCCACUCCCAGGAAGGAAGCCGACCUGCCUCCGCCACUCCCCAACAAGCCCCCACCAGAGGAGGGCUACUAUGAGGAGGCCCUUCCCUUGGGACCCGGCAAGUGCCCUGAAUACAUCAGUUCCCACAACAGCUGCAGCCCGCCACACUCGAUAGUGGACGGCUACUACGAAGAUGCAGAGAACAGCUACCCCUCCACCAGGAUGAACGGGGAGCCGAAGACCUCCUACAAUGAUUCUGACGCCAUGAGCAGCUCCUAUGAGUCCUACGACGACGAGGAGGAGGAGGCAGGGAAGGGGCAGCGGCCCCGGCACCAGUGGCCCUCGGAGGAGGCCUCCAUGCACCCAGUGAGGGACUGCAGGAUCUGCGCCUUCCUGCUGCGGAAGAAGCGCUUCGGGCAGUGGGCCAAGCAGCUGACUGUCAUCAGGGAGGACCAGCUGCUGUGCUAUAAAAGCUCCAAGGACACACAGCCACAUCUGAGACUGGCUCUGGACACCUGCAGCGUCUCCUACGUGCCCAAGGACAGCCGGCACAAGAGGCAUGAGCUGCGCUUCUCCCAGACGGGUGCUGAGAUCCUGGUGCUGGCCCUGCAGAGCCGGGAGCAGGCUGAGGAGUGGCUGAAGGUCAUCCGAGACGUCAGCAAGCCCGUGGGAGCAGCGGAGGGCGUGGAGGUCCCCCGGUCCCCAACCCUCCUGUGCAAGCUGGACACGGACAAGAGACUGGCCAAAGAGAAGCGGACCUCAGACUCCGACAGCCUGGGCCUGGGUGACAACAGCUCUACCCUCUGCCGCCGGGAAGCCUGUGAGCAUGGCAGAGGGAAGAAGAGCAGCCUUGCAGAGCUGAAGGGCUCCAUGGGCAGGGCCGCGGGCCGGAAGAUCACCCGCAUCAUCAGCUUCUCCAAGAAGAAGGCGCUGGCGGACGAGCUGCAGACGUCCUCGGCUGAGGAGGACGUCCCAUGCUGUGGCUAUCUGAACGUGCUGGUGAACCAGGGCUGGAAGGAACGCUGGUGCCGCCUGAAGUGCGGCACGCUGUACUUCCACAAGGACCGCACGGACCUGCGGACCCACGUGAACGCCAUCGCCCUCUGUGGCUGCGAGGUGGCCCCAGGCUUCGGGCCCAGACACCCGUUUGCCUUCAGGAUCCUGCGCAACCGCCAGGAGGUCACCGUCUUGGAGGCCAGCUGCUCCUCGGACAUGGGCCGCUGGCUGGGCCUGUUGCUGGUGGAGACGGGCUCCCGAGUCACCCCUGAGGCGCUGCACUACGACUACGUGGACGUGGAGACCCUAACCAGCAUCAUCAGUGCGGGACGCAACUCCUUCCUCUAUGCACGCUCCUGCCAGAAUGCAUGGCCCGAGCCCCACGUCUAUGAUGAUGUUCCAUACGAAAAGGUGCAGGACCAGGAGCCAGAGCGCCCCCCUGGGGCCCAGGUGAAGCGCCACGCCUCCUCCUGCAGCGAGAAGUCCCAUCUGGUGGACCCGCAGGUCAAAGUCAAGCGCCAUGCCUCCAGCGCCAAUCAGUACAAGUACGGCAAGAACCGCGCCCAGGAGGAUGCGCGGCGGUACCUGGUGGAGAAGGAGAAGCUGGAGAAGGAGAAGGAGACCAUCCGGACGGAGCUGGCGGCGCUGCGCCAGGAGAAGCGCGCGCUGAAGGAGGCCCUCCGGAGCGGCGACGCGGGCGCGAAGUUCAAGGACCUGGAGGACGCCGUGGCCACGCUGGAAGCUCAGUGUCGGGAGAGGGAGGAGCGCCGGAUCGACCUGGAGCUGCGGCUGGUGGCCGUGAAGGAGCGCUUACAGCAGUCCCUGGCUGGGGGCCCAGCCCUGGGGCUCUCCAUGACCAGCAGCAAGAGCAAGAGCGGGGAAGUAGCACAUCCACCGCAGAACACGGGCCCAGAGUCACCCCUCCCUGUCAACUGUGUUUCUGAGCUGAGGAAGAGGAGCCCCUCCAUCGGAACCGCCAACCAAGGACGGGUGCUGCAGAAAGCCAAGGAAUGGGAAAUGAAGAAGACCUAGGAAAAGGACGAGGAUUUUAUCCCAAAGGACCUAUCAACUUGCAAGGAUACACCAGAAGACUGGAAGUAGCCCUCGACACUCUUGGGCGAUCAAAAGACCAGGCUUUAUCGUCUGCAUGGUUUCAGGGGAUCCAGGGAGGGAGAAGAAGACGAGGGCACAGACAACAUCCUUAUACCCGCAGAGGGUGGAAAAUGGAGUUUGGGGAGAGAAAAUUCUUCACAUUUGGAAAGUUUUGUUAGCUGUCUUUGCUUUUCCUUCUGAAGGAGAAAUGAAGGCCUCUGUGACUUA